AUGAAGCGCAAACAGCUUCCACCUCGCCAUUUCAAACGACACCCCAGAGCAGCGGAGUGGACAAUUACUGACACAAUGAAUGUCUCCAAGCCAGACUCCAGUUUUGCUUCUAACACCCCUCAAGGUGCUAUAUUGGUCAACAGGGCUUGGGUUGGGGUGGUUGACUUUCAUGGGACUAACGUCUAUCUUAUUUCUCCUUCUUCCCUAGAAGAAGUACGAAGGAUGAAAAGACCUUUGCUCUCCUUUACCCUCCUCUCUCUCUUGAUGAGCUUGGGCUGCGCAUGGACUACCCCUGGUUGCACCAUAGCAGAUAGCUCCCUAUUGUCGAACAUCUCCUACUACAUCCCAUUUUGUCCCUUGGCACCAGGACUGCAGUUUUUUGCAUCAUGCUCCCAUGUAAAUGACCUGGCUCAGACCCUGGCAGUGCUACCCAGUAGAUUAGAGGCACUGUGCCUCCAGGGCACGGUUCAGGUCCUAUCAGCUAAUGCUUUUGGCCGCUUCCCCAUCCUAAAGCUACUGAGACUACAACUAGGCCCCAUCAGGGUAACAUCUGGAGCAUUUCAAGGAGUGACCCAGCUGCAGCACCUUUUCUUUGAGCACCCUGCUCCCUGUUGCCUAAGUCUAUUCCUCCCUGCAGAUGCCCUCCAGCCCUUUGGACUCCUCAGAAGCCUUUCAUUCGAAGGUUAUUGCCUGAAUUCUAGCCACAGCAUCCAGUUGCCACUCAGUCUGAGCCAUCUGACCAUGCGGCACAGUUGUAUGACAGACCUGCAAGAACUGAAAGAAUUAUUCCCAAGCCUUGUGCCUGAUUCCUCUCCAAUAGGCAGCUCUAGUUCAUGGUCUCCCUUCCUGGAAGUGCUGGACCUCUCUGCCAACCUACAGCUGAGGCAAGUUGAUGCCAGAGCCUUGCAAGGCCUCCAACUACAUUCUCUGAGACUAGAGAGCACCCCACUAAAUGCAGGAGAGCUCCUAGGCACAGGCUUGCUUCACUUGGAUUCCCUCUCCCUUGUGGAUACAGGUAUCAAAAAGCUGCCCAGGGAUGUGACAGCAAACUUUGAGCUUUGUGCACUUGACCUUGGGAGGAACCAAAUCCAGAGCAUAGAGGACGAUGACCUCCCAGGAUGCCACUCCCUAGAACACCUCAACCUCCAUGCCAACAGCCUGCAUGCACUGCCCACCAGGUUCUUCAGCGCCUUGCCCCAACUUCAGAGACUUAACCUGUCCAUGAAUCAGCUGGGCCCAACCUUAGUGCUUCCAGCGGGGCCGGUCAGCUCAAACCUGAGCAUGCUAGAUCUCUCCCUCAAUGGGCUCCGUGCUCUGCCCGCAAGGGCCUUCUUCUCUCUUCCUCAACUCCAGGAGCUCUGGCUGGGUGGUAACAACAUCUCCCACCUAUCCAGUGAGAUGCUCGGGGGGUUGAGGUGGCUAAAGACCCUAGAUCUGAACUGGAACCAAAUUAAAGUGCUGGAGCCAGGCUGGCUCGCCUCUCUUCCUGCUCUCACCUCCCUGACCCUCCUGGGCACCCAUAUCGAGAAUUUCUCUGGCCGGCUGCUCCAGGGUCCCCAGCAGCUGAGCCAUCUACAGCUGGGUGCUUGGGAAUUCCUCACACUCUACAACCCUUGGCCUUCGACUCUUCUCAGCUUAGAGCUAAGGGCAGAAAUAGUGGAGUUUAAAUUCUCCCUUAGAGAAGCCUUCCUGUCCUUGGAGAACCUGGCCUUACAAGCUUACUGGGUGUUGCCACCUCCAACCAACACCACAUUUCAUUUCCCUUCCCUUCGUCACUUCACCCUGAGAGGCUGCCCCUCUAUUUUCUCUAGCCAUCACACCUACGGCUUAUUCCCACAACUUCCUCUCCUGGAGCACCUGCACUUCUGGUCUGAUCCUCAGGAAAUAGAACAUGUACAACUGUCGGGACUGCCCAGGCUGCGGGUGCUAGAGCUGGGAGAUGUGACUGGCUUCUAUCCAUCAAACCAAAUGAAACUGGAGGAGAUCCUGAUGGAGGUACCUCAAUUAGAGGUGUUGGCUUUGAGCAACGUGAACUUGGAGGACCUAUCUGUCUCCAGCUUCAGAGACCUUCGCUUCCUCCGGUUGCUGCUGCUGAACUCGGAAAGGGUUCUGGGCCUAAACCGUAGCCUCCAGGAACUCAUACCCCAGAUGCCUCAGUAUGUUUAUUUCUCCGAUGUCAUCUUCAAGUGUCAGUGUGAAAACUCUUGGGUAGAACCUUGGGCGGCACGGACCCCAAACACCUUUGUGUAUGGGCUAGAGAAUUCCAUCUGCAUGGUUAAUGGCUCUGACCGCUCCAAGACUCCAUUUCUCUCUUUCCUUUCUGCUUACUGCCUAGAUGAUCUUGAGUUUCAGAGCUUUCUAACCAGCUUCACUCUGGUGCUUCUGCUGACCAGUUUUGCUCUGUUAGGCGGCCCUAACUGGCCCUGGCUCCACCAUCUCUGGGCCCUAUGCCGUGCCUGGUGGUUGAAGAUGGGUGGCUGGCACCACCGAAGCCAUUAUGUCUAUGAUGUUUUUAUAUCCUACUGCGGGCAGGACCAAGCCUGGGUGCUGGCAGAGUUGAUUCCUGCCCUGGAAAAGCCUUUUCCAGAUGGUGAGGGCUUGAGGCUAUGUCUGCCAGAGAGGGACUUUGGGGUUGGGCAGGACCGGAUAGACGCAAUGGCUUCCAGUAUGGAGAGCAGUAGGGCCACCCUUUGUGUGCUCAGCCGCCAUGCCCUGGGCAGUCCCUGGAGCAAUCUAGAGUUAAGGCUGGCCACCUACCACAUGGUGGCCAAGCCCGGAACUGCUCGACUCCUGCUGCUCUUUCUGGAGCCUAUUGAUCGGCGGCAGCUAUGUGGCUACCAUCGCCUUGCUCGGUGGCUUCAGCAGGAGGAUUACUUGGAUUUUCCCAAAAGGAGUGUCGACUGGGAGGCUUUCUGGAGCAAACUUCGGAAAAGGCUAAGGAAAGCUGUACAAGAAAGAGAGGCUUAGGGGCUGUAAAAGACCUUCUGCCACAUGGGAGUAGGGCUCAACAGAUCCCUCGGUCACCUUGCAUCACGGCAGGACAGAUUCACAGAGGGUUUAAUCGGCAGUUCUUAGCUCAAGCCCAGUUGCUCACUAAGAACAAUACAAAGGGUGAAAUCAAAUCCCCACAGGAUAAUAUGUUUAAAAGCACUUUGAGGCAAAUAAGGUUGCCAUUCCAAAUAAUAGCUCUACUACCUGUUAGAUCACAGGAAAGUUCUAAGGAAAUAAAGACAAAACUAAACUUUCUAGAAUUGCAACUGGACUUUUCAAAGUGAAUUUGUUCUGCCUCUGUUGAAAGCAAUGUGUUUAUUUGGACUUGGUAAAUAAUCUACUCUAUUCUGGAAGAAAGGGGCCCUAUUUGUUAGGUCCCUGAA